AUUGGGCCGACCAACUUAAAACCCAGCAGCUUAAUGGGCUUCAUAGUCAUCUCCGAAUCGCUCCACUUAAAAAACUUUGUUCUUCUUCAGAUUUCUCAGGGAAGAAGAAGAACCAGAGCGUUUACCGUCGACGAACCACAGAUACGGCGUGUGGUAAUAAUGUCUUCUGGCUUGAAAAUCAUAGAAGAACAGCAGAAACCGAUUCAGAAGUUGCAGAUUUAUCCGACGGCUAAUGCUGGUGUUUCUCCUUUUUGGCGAGAGAAGUAUGAAAGGGAUGCUAAAAAGUAUUGGGAUAUAUUUUACAAGCAUCAUGGAGACAGAUUUUUCAAAGACCGCCACUACUUGGACAAAGAAUGGAAUAGCUAUUUUUCCGUAAGUGGCAAAAGUGUCAUUCUUGAGGUGGGCUGUGGAGCUGGAAAUACCAUCUUUCCGUUGAUUGCCACAUAUCCAGACAUUUUUGUUUAUGCAUGUGAUUUUUCACCACGAGCCGUCGAAUUGGUCAAGGCUCAUGAUGAAUACACGGAGACGCGUGUGUGUGCAUUUGCUUGUGACUUGACAGGGGAUUGUCUUGACAAGCAUAUUUCUCCAUCUUCAGUUGAUAUUGUGACCAUGAUAUUCGUUUUAUCUGCGGUAUCCCCAGAGAAGAUGGCCUCAGUAUUGCAGAACAUUAAGAAAGUGCUUAAGCCAAAUGGGUGUAUACUAUUCCGUGACUAUGCUGUCGGUGAUCUCGCUCAGGAGAGGUUUUCUGGGAAGGAUCAGAAGAUCAGCGAGAACUUUUAUGUGAGAGGUGAUGGCACUCGUGCAUUCUACUUUUCUAAUGAAUUCCUAGAAACUCUGUUUUCCGAACAAGGAUUUGAAGUUGAGGAGCUUGAUGUUUGCUGCAAACAAGUUGAGAAUCGUUCACGCGAACUGGUCAUGAAUCGGCGCUGGGUCCAAGCUACAUUUCGUCGAUCACAUGGCAACCAAAACCCUUGUGAUAGUUUGAGUCCUGCCAAAUUAGACAAAUCUGAACAACAGGAUAGCAUUCAGUCUAAAUCUGAGGAGCAGGAAAGAAAAGAGAUUAUCGAUAACACUGACAUUGACAUAUCUGAUGGUCUGGCUAUGGAAAUGUUCGGAGCCUCCCCAUCAAGUCAUGAGAUGACCGUGGUUAAGCUUAGGGAUUCUGAUUUUAAAAUCAAACUUUUGUCCAAAGAAUAUCAACAUACAUGCAAAUCUACGGGGUUGAUGCUCUGGGAGUCUGCUCGGCUUAUGGCUUCUGUUCUUGACAGGAACCCAAACAUUGUGUCUGGAAAACGGGUGUUGGAAUUGGGUUGUGGCUGCACAGGAAUUUGCUCGAUGGUAGCUGCCAGAUCAGCUAACCUUGUGGUAGCUACCGAUGCAGACACAAAGGCACUUACACUACUGACAGAGAACAUCACAAUGAACCUCCAAUCUUCUUUACUUGGAAAACUGAAAACAGGUGUACUUGAAUGGGGUAACAAAGAGCACAUCGAAUGCAUUAAGGGUUUGGCUUGUGAGGGAUUUGAAGUUAUCAUCGGGACAGAUGUGACCUAUGUAGCUGAAGCCAUUAUACCUUUAUUUGAAACCGCAAAAGAAUUGAUCUUACGGAAAAUGGGAGACCUAGAGGUGCAAGAAAAGCCGGCAUUGAUUCUAUGCCAUGUUUUCAGAAGGGUUGAUGAACCUUCUCUCCUGUCAGCUGCAUCUAAGUUUGGGUUUAAGCUUGCAGACAGAUGGGCUGCAAAUUCAAAGGAAUCUCCUAUCGGGAACAUCAUUGACAGUUGGUUUUCCGAAAAGGAUUUGGUCGCGGAAAUCCCAAGUUCUGCGUUGCAUAUUCUUUACUUUCAGAUGGAGUAACUAUGGGGUGGAGGAUCAAAUGUUGAUUACAAAGAGUUUUUAUUUUAUUUUCUCAUUGAAUCUUAAUCAAUGAAUGUUAUACAUGUAUCCUUGAUCAGUGGAUUGCGUUGGGUGAUCAUUUUCUUUGUACUGUAAGAAUCUGACUUCUAUGAGCAGUGAGUUUUUUGGGUAGGAAACGAUUACAAAAAUAAAUUAAAAGUGCAUCC